AUUAAUUAAAAUGGAAGACAUCGACAAAGUUUUGUUUGGUAAUUUAGAAAAUACUGAAAAUACUGAAGGCUUCUUAAAUAUAGAUUUUACCGAUGAUGACACACGGACUCAAGACAAAAACGUUAUUGAAAACACAACAAUUGUAGAAAUAUCAAAGAGUACAGAUGUCCCUUCAUCGGUUGAAACACCAGAGGCACUAGUGAAAGAAAUAAAUACAGAGGAAAUAAAUAAUGAAAAUGAUACAAACCUCCAUGAUAACAUGCUGGAAAUUGAAAAUACAGAAGAAGAAAUUGAACAUGAUAAAGAUCAUAAAAUUAAAUUGACAAAAUUACCUAUUGGCAGAGUUAAAAAUAUCAUUAAAAGUGAUUCCAGUAUAAACUUAAUAAAUCAAGAAGCUGUAUUUCUGAUAACAAUGGCCACUGAAUUAUUCAUUGACUCCUUGGCUAAGGAAUCAUAUAAAUACACUCAUCAAGCAAAAAAAAAGACAAUCCAAAAAAAUGAUAUUCAAAGUGCCAUAAGUAAUGCAGAAGCUCUACUGUUUUUAGAUGGCAUACCAUUAGAUAAAAUUAUUUAAUAACUCAUUUCAUUAUUACAUUUUUUUAUUAAAUUAUAAAAAUUUUUACAUG